AUGGCUGAAUUCAUAAAGGCGGAAAUCUCUAAUGCAGAUGCGGCUAUCGCAACACGUGACAGCGCUAUUGCUCUACUGAGACGACUAGAAUCGGCCAAGCACGAAAAUAAAGCCCUUCAAUACCUUUGCGAUCAAUUAUCUUGCACUGCAGAUAUUCUAGAUACCUUUGCGGCGACAUUUGACAAACCAGACACCUGCAAACUCAGCCUCAAAGCUCAGCAUCAACUUCGAGCAGCAGUUGAGAGCAACCGAAACGCCUGUGCAAGAUACCAUGAGGAAUUUGAAGAGAGAAGAAAAUGCCCACUCAAUGACUCGUUGUACUACUCAGAUUGGGAAGGUUUUCAUGACCUGGAGGGCAUCGAAUCCCGAAUUUUGGGCGAACGGCUACAAGUCUUGGGAAGUACUAUGAUCACGGUAAUGGAUGUUUCCGCGGUUAUUCAUGUCUUGCCCGAGUCAGGGGCUAUCUCUGACCGUAAUCGGGCUCCUUUGGUUGCCAAAGAAAAUGAAUUAUUAUCAGCGAUGAUAAAAACGAACGAAUGGCAACAAGCCCAUCAAAGCAAUGAAAGGGUGGUCGAACGGAUUGCUUGCGAGAUGAGAGGGCACGGCACUGGGAUUAUCCGUCAGCGACAGAUAUACGAUGAACUGUUUUCCGAGAUUUACGAAUUGCGACGGGGACAAGAAGCCCGCUUUCCAAAAGGAGAUCAAAUCCCGCAGAGUGUGGUGAAUGUCAUGCCAGAAGAAGCCGAAUUGAUCGUCUACGACGGCGUCAUGCAGUACAUAGAGGACUGA